AUGGGCAAGGAUUACAAUGGAUCACCAAAACAUUAUAAUCAGCUUGAAAAUAAGAGAAAUCGUCUCACAUGGAUUUUAGGGGUUAGUGGACUAUGUAUUUUGUCUUACAUAAUGGGUGCAUGGAGAAAUACUUCAAAUCCUAAUAACCAAUCUGAAAUCUACACAAAAGUAGACUGCACUAGUGGGUCAGCUCCAUUGGACACAGCAUCUUCAGCAAUUCAAUCAUCAACUUCCAAUUUAGAUUUUGAAAGUCAUCAUCAAAUUGACGUAAAAAGUUCUCAAGGGGUGCAAGAGUUCCCACCAUGUGACAUGUCAUUUAGUGAAUAUACACCAUGCCAAGAUCCAGUUAGAGGUCGCAAAUUUGACCGAAACAUGUUGAAGUAUAGGGAGCGGCAUUGCCCCUCCAAGGAAGAAUUACUGUACUGUCUUAUACCUCCUCCACCAAAAUAUAAGCCACCUUUCAAAUGGCCUCAAAGUAGAGAUUAUGCUUGGUAUGACAAUAUUCCACACAAAGAGCUUAGCAUUGAGAAAGCUGUUCAAAACUGGAUUCAAGUUGAGGGUGACAGGUUCAGAUUCCCUGGAGGAGGUACAAUGUUUCCCCGUGGAGCUGAUGCAUACAUUGAUGACAUUAAUGAGCUUAUUCCCCUCACCAGUGGUAAUAUCAGAACUGCAAUUGAUACGGGGUGUGGUGUAGCAAGUUGGGGUGCUUAUCUUUUGAAAAGGGACAUACAAGCAAUGUCUUUUGCACCAAGGGAUACACAUGAAGCUCAGGUUCAAUUUGCAUUGGAAAGAGGAGUUCCAGCAAUGAUUGGCAUCAUGGCUUCACAGAGGAUUCCAUACCCAGCAAGGGCGUUUGAUAUGGCCCAUUGUUCUCGCUGCUUGAUACCUUGGGACAAAUUUGAUGGUAUGUAUUUGAUUGAAGUGGAUAGAGUUCUCAGACCAGGUGGCUAUUGGAUUCUUUCUGGCCCACCUAUUAGAUGGAAGAAAUAUUGGAGGGGGUGGGAAAGGACCCAAGAGGAUUUGAAGCAAGAGCAAGAUGCUAUUGAGGCAGUGGCCAAAAGCAUAUGUUGGAACAAAGUAAUUGAGAAGGAUGACCUCGCCAUUUGGCAAAAGCCUAAAAAUCACAUUGAAUGUUUACAGAAGAAACAGAUUUUUAAAACACCUCACAUAUGCCAAUCUGACAAUCCUGACAUGGCUUGGUACCAAAAUAUGGAAAAGUGCAUAACUCCAUUGCCAGAAGUUAGCAGCCCAGACAAAGUAUCUGGAGGGACACUAGAAAAAUGGCCUAAGCGUGCAUUUGCCAUCCCUCCUCGAAUUAGCAGUGGUUCAAUACCAAACAUCAAUGCAGAGAAAUUUCAAAAGGACAAUGAACUGUGGAGGGAAAGAAUAGCACAUUAUAAGCAUCUCAUUCCUCUUUCCCAAGGGAAAUAUAGAAACGUCAUUGACAUGAAUGCUUAUCUUGGUGGAUUUGCAGCAGCCUUAAUAAAAUAUCCAGUGUGGGUUAUGAAUGUUGUUCCUCCAAAUUCAGACCAUGACACAUUGGGUGCAAUUUAUGAACGAGGCUUUAUUGGUACUUACCAUGAUUGGUGUGAAGCUUUCUCAACUUAUCCAAGAACAUAUGAUCUCAUCCAUGCAAGUAAUGUAUUUGGCAUAUAUCAGGAUAGGUGCAACAUUACUCUUAUACUACUGGAGAUGGAUAGAAUUUUGAGGCCAGAAGGCACUGUUAUAUUCAGAGAAGGAGUAGAGCUUCUCGUGAAGAUUAAAAGCAUAACUGAUUCAAUGAAAUGGAAAAGCAACAUAAUGGAUCAUGAAAGUGGACCCUUCAACCCAGAAAAAAUCCUUGUUGCCGAAAAAGCUUACUGGACUGGCGAAAUUAAAGAGAAUCAAAACAAGUAGAUAGGUUUUAUUACAAAUUUCUUUUUUAACCUUUUUGUUUUCCCCUCUUAGAAAUUAAAUUGUAACUAGAUUUCGACCCGUGAAAUCCCCUGCAUUUCACGGACACCUUUUCUGUUAAUUUUUGUCUUUCUGAUUAUAAGUUUAAGUAUAUGAUGUUUAUCUAAAUAUAGAGCGUAAAUGCACGUUGUGUAUUACAUAGUUACGUAGAAACAACUCUACCAUUAAUAAAUUAUUCUUC